ACCUGUGCUUUUCCUGCUAUGACAAGUCAAAACAUCGCCUGCUAAAAAUUCCAAUCAAAUUAACUUUUUUGACUUUAUGUGUUUGUGGAGCGUUAUGGACGAAGUGACAGGAGCUCAGCUGAUGGCUGAGUCUCUGAAGGUCCAGAAAGUGGAGUACAUGUUUGGGAUCGUUGGUGUUCCUGUCAUUGAAGUGGCCGUGGCUGCUCAGGCUGCAGGGAUCAAAUAUGUGGGAAUGCGCAACGAGCAAGCGGCAUGCUACGCAGCAUCUGCCAUUGGAUACCUCACUGGGAGACCAGGUGCCUGCCUGGUGGUGUCUGGACCUGGACUCGUUCAUGCUCUGGGUGGAAUGGCCAAUGCUAACAUGAAUUGCUGGCCAGUGGUUGUUAUUGGAGGAUCCUCAGAUCGAAACCAAGAAACAGCAGGAGCCUUUCAGGAGUUUCCUCAGGUGGAAGCAUGUCGCCUAUACAGCAAAUUCUCUGCCAGACCCAGCAGUCUGGAAGCCAUCCCAUCAGUAAUAGAGAAGGCAGUUCGCACAAGCAUGUAUGGGCGUCCAGGUGCGUGUUAUGUGGACAUUGCUGGGGACAUGGUCAAUGCCAAUGUGGACAGGAGUAAAGUCAGAGUUGUGUCCUGCUGUCCACCUCCACCAGUGAGUUUGGCUGACCAUGGCGCAGUCACUGAGGCCAUCUCUGUCUUGAAAGCAGCUAAAAGACCCUUAGUCAUUGUUGGCAAAGGAGCAGCCUAUGGCCGAGCAGAAAAUGCACUUAGGGAGUUUGUGGAAACAAGUGGACUGCCAUUCCUGCCCACCCCCAUGGGGAAAGGAGUGCUGCCUGAUGAUCACCACAACUGUGUGGCUGCUGCCCGCUCAAGAGCUCUUCUUCAGGCUGAUGCUGUGCUUCUGCUCGGAGCCAGGCUCAACUGGAUUCUGCACUUUGGUCUCCCGCCUAGAUUUAACCCUGAUGUCAAAGUUAUUCAGGUUGACCUUUGUGCUGAGGAGAUGGGGAACAACGUGAGGCCUGCUGUUGCUCUGCUGGGCGACAUCAAUGCUAUUGUCAUUCAGCUCCUGGAGUGUGUCCAUAAAGAUGGCUGGAAGUAUCCUCCUGAUACAGAAUGGUGGAGCACACUGAAGGACAAAAUUGCUGCUAAUGCAAAAAUAUCACAGGCACUCGCUCUGCAAACAGCGUUGCCCUUGAACUACUAUGCAGUGUUUCACCACAUCUCCCAGUUGCUGCCACAGGAUUGCAUCAUUGUCAGCGAGGGGGCAAACACCAUGGACAUAGGACGCACUAUGUUGAAGAACUACCUGCCUCGACACAGGUUGGAUGCUGGUACAUUUGGAACAAUGGGAGUGGGCCUUGGUUUUGCGAUAGCGGCAAGGAGCAAGAAUAGAGGCCAGCGGAUUGUCUGUGUGGAGGGAGACAGUGCCUUUGGUUUUUCUGGCAUGGAGGUUGAAACCAUGUGCAGGUAUAAACUACCUGUGGUCAUUAUUGUGGUCAAUAAUAAUGGCAUAUACAGUGGCGUGAAUCCUGAGACGUGGAAAGAACUGGCAAAAGUGGGAGAUUUGACCACUACAGCCCCUCCUGUGAGCCUCCUACCUGAGGCCCGCUAUGAUGAGGUUAUGACGGCGUUUGGAGGUCGAGGGUUCCUGGUGAGGACGUUGGAGGAGCUGCGCAUCUCCUUGGAGCUUAGCUUGAGUGACUGGGAGAGGCCAAGUCUCCUCAAUGUGCUUAUUGACCCAUCCUCUGACAGAAAACAGCAGGAGUUUCCUUGGCUCACACGCGCCCACUUAUAGACUUGAGGAGAGAUCGGCUUCCUCCUUCGUCCAGAGCAUUAUCAGAACUGCAGUGACACUUCAGGAAACUCAAACGUGAACAUUCACUAUAAGGCUGCUUUUUGUGUUGUAAUUGUUUCUAUGAAAUAACAAAUGCUUUGUAAUAGUUGCUACACAAAUAUUAAAGUUAGUAAAACUAUAAAACAUUUUAAUACGUUGUGAUAUUGUGAAUUUUAUCUAAUCUGUGUUUUUCCUGACAUAAGGCUGCAGCUCUAAUUAUUUUCAUUAUUGAUUGCUCUGAUCAUUAUUGUCUUAACUAGAUUAAUUGCUUUGUCUAUAAAAUGACAGAAAAUUGUGAAAAAUAGUUCUGAUGAGCCAUUGUAAUGUUUUAAAAUGUCUUGUUUUGUCCAGGUUACUAUGAUAAAUUAAACAUCGAAAAACCAAAAACUUUGCUUUGUAAAGACUUUAAAAUACUAAAACAUAUUGUUGAUUGAUUUUCUGUCAGCCAACCUAUCAAUGAAUCAACCAUUCAGUUUAGCUGUACUCCCACAUAUUAAAUCUAGUUGUGUGAGUAACACGCUGUACGUGGACUGAAAGCUGUCAUCCUAAAGGAUCCAGCGCCAACACCGAUGCUG